AUGCUCCUCAACCGGUAUGCAAAGACGGAGCUUGCCGAGAACAACAAAGCGGCGAAAGAAACGAUGAAAGGGGAAGGGCAGCGAGUGCUGGACCUCAUGUUCGACACCAGGUGGCCCCAUGAGAUGUCAGAGUGGCUGGCGGCUCCACUUGAGAGCGCAGUGGUCUCGGGGCAUGAAGGUCUGGCGCGGAAGCUUGUGCAAGCGGGAGCAAAGGUCGGGGGAGUCGCGUUGCAUGAGACUGUUCGAAGAGGCCAUAUCGCGAUGGCGGAGUUGCUGUUGGAAAAUGGAGCAUCUGUUCAUGACGACGAGGACGACUAUGGCACCCCCCUACAUGCCGCUGCUGAAGGUGGUAGCGUGGAGACGGCGCGGUUGUUGUUGCUCAAUGGGGCUGAUAUCGACUACCAGGAUGGCAAUCAUUCCACGCCACUCCGCCGCGCCAUAACUGAAGGGCACAUCUCUAUGGUGGAAGCUCUCUUGGCCGCCGGAGCUGACCUCACCGUUCGCUUGACCGAGUUUGAAGUGUCCGCACUCGACUUCGCCGCUUUAAGUGAUCAUGUGGAAAUCGUGCGAAUGCUAAUCGAUCACGGGAUGGAAGUACACCGUGCUAACUCAGACGGCCGCACGGCUCUCCAUUAUGCAGCGAGAGGGAACACGGCAGGCGCCAUUGAUGUGCUCGUCGGAGCUGGAGCCGAUAUCCAAGCAAGGGAUACGUCGGGCUCCCGUCCCCUGCACUGGGCUGCCGAAGAGGCGAGCCCCGAGGCUUCCCUCGCCCUCUUGAAUCUCGGUGCUGAAGUCAACGCCCAGACAAUAUCCGGAGAAACAGCGCUGCACUAUGCAGCAGCCGCAGUCGGACAACGACACGGCUCCGCCCAGGUGGUGGACCUUCUGCUUAGGUGGGGUGCGGACGAGACGAUCGUUUCUAAGCAAGGAGAAACGGCAGCGGAUAGCAUCGGGACCCGAAGGUGUCAUAGGACCGACCCCGAGGAUGACGAGCGCGCGCGGAGCCUGUUGGCGCGAGCUCCAGCCGACAGGGCAUGGCGUCGCCGUGGUUUGCUGGUCUUGUGCCGUGCUCAUCCCGACCGGCUGCAGCUGGGUGGCGACUUGGCUGGUUUGGUAGCCGGGGUUGGAGGGUUGGAGGAAGUUGGCGUGUUCCGGACGAUCGUGCUUUAUCUUUGAAGAGCAGGGAAUGCAUGCGCGCAUGCCGCGGCGCUGGUACAGAAGAAGAAAGACUGACGGCGUUGCGAUCUCCGUUGGUUGGGUUGUGCUCCCGGUGGGCUGCCCCGCUCACAGCUUGUGAUC